UUUAUUAAGCGAGUCAACGUUAUAUAUGUAAUCUGCUUUUGUUUAAAUUCUGUUAAAAACCGCGCGAAGCCGCCGCCGCCGUUUUCGUGGCCUGGCGCCGACAAUUGCGUUCGGGGUUGCGGGCUGCGCGAACCGCUUCUUUUAACCGGCGCCGAGGCUGCUCGUGAAACGGAAAAAAGAUUAUUUGUCGGGCCGAGUACGGAAUAUUAGGGCUCAUUGUGAACAAUCGCGUUUCAUCAGUAAAAAUCAAGGCUUAACUGCGUCUAAUAAGGAUCAAUUCACGAAUAGUUGCCGCCGUAAUAGCGGCGCGCGCUCGCCUGCCGGAACGGGCUUAAGUGGCGGGCGGAACGGAGUGUUUUGGCGGUAGGCGGCGGGCAGGUAGCCAGGUAGGCAGGCAGCCAGGUAGGCGCUAAUUGGACGACACCUGCGGCACCUGCACCAUGGAGGGCGGGCCCUUCGACGACAACCUCUUCUCCGACUUCGGCGGCUGCGUGUCGGGCUCCAGCACGCUGCUCAGCGCGAGGGCGCACGCCGAGUCCCGCGGCAAUGUCCACUCCAUACAGGUGAUGCUCGGUCUCCAGCACUCGGACAUCCUGCUGGGCAAGAUGGACGGCGGCGCCGGAGCCGGCUCCGGCGGGGGCGGGCAGGGCCAGGACGGCGGCGCCGGAGGCAGCGGAGGCGGCGGGGGCGGCGGGGGCGGGCUGUUCGGCGCGGCUGGUGACGCGGGCCCCGGGCCCACGCCGCCGCUCGUCACGCAGCCUGCCGCCAAGCGCAAGGAUGACCCGCUGUUGCAGCACGCCGACUCACAGCAGCAGCAGCAACAGCAGCAGCAGCAGCAGCAGACCUUCAUCGUCUCCGCAGCCAUGGAGACUCCUACCCAGACGCCGACGACGACGUCCAAGAAGUCAGAGUCGAAGAGCAAGAAGAGUGACAAUAACGGAGUGAAGAAGAAGAAAACGAGGACGACGUUCACGGCGUACCAGCUGGAGGAGCUGGAGCGCGCGUUCGAGCGGGCGCCGUACCCCGACGUGUUCGCGCGCGAGGAGCUGGCGCUCAAGCUGAGCCUCAGCGAGUCGCGCGUCCAGGUGUGGUUCCAGAAUCGGCGCGCCAAGUGGCGCAAGCGGGAGCCGCCGCGCAAGACCGGCUACCUCGCCACCGGAGGCUCGGCGAGCGCGUCACUGUCGUCGUUCGGCUCGCUGAACAGCUCGCUUGGCCCGUUCUCCGGGGGCGGCGCCGGAGGCGGCGGGGGCGGCGUGUCAGUGGGCGGGGGCGGCGUGCCGGUGGGUGGAGGCGGCGUGGGCGUCGGCGUGGGCGUGUCGGCGCCGGGCGACUCGUGGGCCGCCUACUCGCCGGCGGCGUACGAGCUGUCGCCGCACCUCAACCUGCUCAACGCGCCCUACUCCAGCUCGCCCUUCGGCGCGCCCUCCGCAGGGCCCUACUCGUACGCCUCCAUGCUGCAGCCGCAGCACGACGCCUCGCUCUUCCGGUCGCAGCACCAGCUGGACGAGUCGGGCGCGGUGCUGGGCCAGCACCAGGACUAUGACGACAGCCCGGGUGUGGCGCUGCGCCACCAGGACUACGUGGGCGGCGGCGGGGGCGGCAGCCCGCGGCACGGCGACUACGACGGCUGCGGCUCGCCCGGCGCUGGCAACGGCAACGGCAGCGUGCUGCGCCAGCACCACGACUACGGCGCGCCGCCCCCGCCGCCCCCGGGAGCCGGCUCUCCUGCCUCCGUGCGCCAGCAUCACGACUACGUCACAGCCACUGGCGCGGGCUCCCCGGGCGGCGGGCUGCGGCAGCACGGCGACUACGUGGGCGCCGGGGACGGCACGUCGCCGCUGCGCGCGCACCACGAGUACGGCGGCGGCUCGCCCGGCGGGCUGCGCCACCAACAGCCGCAGCACCACGAGUACGCCGACGGCGGCAGCCCGAUGCGCGAGUACCAGACCAUGGUGGCCGCGCCGCACCACCACAUGACCAUCGACGGCGCCAAGGGCAUCGACUACAUCGACGUGGAGGACAUGAGCCCCCAGAAGUACCAGGAGGAGCUGCUGGCCCACGAGAAGCGCGCCGCCGACGCGGGCUACAUCCUCACCGCCGCCCCCGCCAACGGCAACGGCGGCGGCAACGGGGGGCCCGCCGGCCGCAAGGACGGCGUCUCCGUCAAGACGGAGCAGACCUACGUCACGCUGCCGCCCUUCCUCGGAUGACUCCGGGCCAACAUCAGUGCUGGCCACUCCAUAGAGGACAUCGUCUUCGUGUAGGGAACGGUAGCGACCGGCCUGGGAAGCGCCGGCAAACACACGACAGCUAACUACGAGCCUGCCCAACGCUGCGUACAGAACAUUCUGCUUUGAGAGCUAUGUAGUUGUAUCGAGAGCCAAAGGCUAAUUUAAGCACAUUAAUGGUACUAGGAACAAGCGAACCAACAAUACCGCAACUGCAAAUGAUCACAAUUUAUUGCUUGAUAACUCAUAAAGUAAGUGCAGUAUCGCUGGUUACACAAAAGGCGAGCCCUUCACAGGCGUUAAAAUUUUUGCUCACGGUGUGUUACAGUAAGCAGAUCAGUCUGCAAAGGCCGACGAGACAGAAGGCUGGAUAGAUCGAUGAAAUCCAGGUACCAUUCCUUCUUAUAAUUUACGUCUUCUUUCCCUAUGGUGCCGAUUUAAUCUAUCAGUUUACGCCGCUAUCACAAACAGUACUUGAUUAGCCCUGAUAUCGUGUUGUCUGAGGGGAAACGAACAUGCUAUUGCAUGCAGGUCUAAUUACGUUACCAUACAUACUUCUUCAACACAACGAUAAGACGAACAUCCAAGCAUUUUAAAUACAGCCUUGAGGAUCUUAAUAUUUUGCCAAGCAUUAGUAGUUUUCUACGCCUGGUGUAAAUUGUUCUAUGGUGGUUUGAUAACGGUUACUGUAGCCAAGCAGUAUGGCUUUAUCGCAGCUGUAAGCACACUUGACCUUCUGGAGUCUGUGUUGCGAUCGCUCCAUUCUCUUCACCGCUUUUCAAGAAGAUUUCUAUCCAGAUAGCGCCCUCAGUUAAGAUUUUAGUAAUAAUUCUGAUUCCUUACACCAUCUCUAUAUUUUUCCCCGUCGGGCCUGGUGAUCUAGUCGUGCAGCGUAUGCCCAGCUUUUACAUUUCAAUGAUGUGAGGAUUCGCCAGGAAAGACACAUGGCUCGCAUUCGACGUUACACCGUAGGUCCUCUUUCCCCGGAAGGGUUACUGUGAACACACAAGUCGCUGAAAUGGCGUCCAAUUGAAAAAUUUGCAUCAGGCCGUUGAGCCACAUGAAAUUAUUUCUUUAGGUUCUCCAGCGCUUUUAACAACAUUAACUGCUGAUACUGUGGUGAAUCUCUGUGACAGCAGGAAAUUUAUUAUGAACGGCCUUCAUGGGAAAGAUGGCACGUCACCUUGAUUCUAAUUAACCAAUAUUUCCGUAUUAUGUUCAUCAGUAAUAUAACAUGCACCUUCUUCUCCACUCAUUCUGGCGAGUAAAUAACAACGCUGGUAAAGACAAAAGCGGACAGGUCUGAAGGUGCAGCAAAAAAGUGAAGUUGCUAUUGCAAUAGAGGCCAUUCCCCUACUCACCCUUGAGAUUUUCAGUUUAGCUGCAGGCUCCAUUCCCUGUUCUUCAAAUGGAGAAUUACUUCCAGCCUUCACAAGCACUGUCACAAUAGCUGUAUUCGGGAUUUUCUAAAUAUAGGCUAUAGGACCUAUCCAACGCUUCGAGAGACGCCAACCUGUUUGCAGGAGUUUUAACUUUUCUUACUGCCAGUCGAGCCGAAAAGAUCACAUUUCAAAUGUAAACGACAAUGUUAACACUGCAGAUUGUCACUGUGUUACUCAACGUAAGUCACCUUCAGAGGCCAUUGUUAUUUAUAUAUGGCUUAUCAGUUCCCAAUCGCUGUAAACGCAUGCCUCGUUAGCAUAAUGCGAACAGACAGAAACUAUAAUUUCUUGAUACGUGCUUGUUCCAAUUUAAAAACUAAUGACGACUCCAGUACCAUUAAUGAUGCCUUGUUAACACCUUUAUAUGAAAACAAAAGUAAAUAACCUAUUUUUAUAUCCUUUUUACAGCAAAAAUUCUAGGAAAGUCUACUACCGCUACAAAAAUCCUUAAAAAAGAAAAGUCUUCCCGAAAUAUAUGGCAAACAGUUCAGUUUUAACAGCUUUGCUCAGUGAUGUUCUCAUUGAACACAAAAACGCAGGCAAGACUUUGCUACUGUGUUAACGUCCAGCGCUGAUGUGAAGUUAUGUUUGAAUCUCUUGUGUCACUACAGAAACUAUUCUCCAUGAAGAAUGUGUAACGUUUGCUCCUUUUUAUGAAUGGACGAAAUAAAAAUUGAAAGAGUAUUAGCUUAGUUUUAGUUAUACAGCACCAACCGCUGAGUUUUAGUGCUUCAAGGAACUGAAAUAUCGAAUUCUUCAUCUUCUAGACAACGAAUUUUCUAACGCGCAGUGCCACAAAUAAUGUUUUGUGUUCGAUGUACAUGUGUAACAUUAAUUAUAAGUCAUUUCUCAAUUAAGUAUGUAAUUCAUGAAGUAAGUUCGCUCUUCCUUAUUGUUUGCAUUUAAGUAACAAUGGAACUCAGCCAUAGAAUUCCAAAUUUACAUGUGCCAAAGUCUUUUUUCUUAAUUCUGGAUUGCCGGGCCUAAAAUUAAUGGAAGUAGAUGUCUUGAGAUGUAAUUGUACAGUAAAUAACUUAAACGGUCUUGGAAGGCUGUAUCAACUGCUAAUAGGGCAGAAAGUGCAUUCUCGUGCCUUUACAAUUUACAGUAUCCAUCAAUGAGUGUUGGUGAACUGCACAUGUGUAUAAUUUUAGGCUGCCUGAGAGGGAUCAAUAAAAUAAUUAAUGGUUGAAAUAUGUAAUAUAAAGCGCUGUUUUAGAGAGAAAAAUUAAAUGGACAAACUUUUAGGUGUAACGAGAAGACAUUGAAGGUGAUAAUAUUUCUUAUUUGCAAAUGUACGAGUUGUUUUCUCGAUGAAAUAUGACAAAUGAAAAUUAAUAUUUUACUUUACUUAAUUUCUCCUGUUGUAAAUUUGUGUGACAAAAUAUUUUGAA